AUGGGUGAUCUUCAAGUCGUUGGAGGAAUCAAGAAACUCAACAACCGGAGCUACAAUUCUUGGUCCACCUACAUGAUGUCUUAUAUGCGGGGCCAGGAUUUGUGGGAGGUUGUGAAUGGAAACGAUACGACGGUUGAAGAGGAUGUGCUGGAGCAUAUACGAGAUGUGGAUACUCCCAAGGAAGCUUGGGAUACGUUUGCCAAGCUGUUCUCUAAGAAGAAUGACACGAAGCUCCAACUUUUAGAAAGUGAGUUGUUGUCCGUGACGCAGCGCGACAUGAUUGUCGCACAGUACUUUCACAAAGUGAAGACGCUAUGCCGAGAGAUCACCGAGUUGGAUCCGGAGGCUCCUAUUGGCGAUACCAGGAUGAAUCGAAUCAUCAUCCAUGGUUUGAAGCUAGAAUUCAGGAGUUUUGUCGCUGCCAUACAAGGAUGGAAAAUUCAGCCGUCGCUUGUCGAAUUCGAAAAUUUGCUAGCUGGUCAAGAAGCCUUAGCUAAGCAAAUGGGAGGAGUCUCAUUGCAGAAUGAAGAAGAGGCACUCUAUGCCUACAAAGACAAGUGGAAUUCCAAGCAGCAUGCUUAUGGUGGAUCUAAAACGAAUGAUGACAAGGUGAGAAGUCAUCAAGGUGAAGGGAGCAUUCGCUCAUGGAAUGGUUCUAAGAACCGUGGCAAUGGCCAAAAAUUUGAAGGGAAGUGCUACAACCGCCGGAAGAAGGGUCAUAUGGCGAGGAUUGCUGGUCAAAAAAGAAGGCCGUCGAGAGUAAUGCUGCUACUUCCAAAAGCGAAGAAGGAUGGGAUGCUGAGGCUUUCCUCGCUGUAG